AUGAAGGCACCUCGACGCCUGACCUGCGAACUCUCGCAGCUGGCGACGACCCGACAAUACCUUGCCUCGACCGUGCGCCCCUCCUCCCGAUGUUGCCAAUACCUUCACACUUCGCCCUCACCUCGCGCCCCACCAAAGUCGUCCUCGCCGUCGUCCAGACCACGAACGUCUUGGUGGAGGUCGUCUCGACGCGCCAGGCCAGCAACCGUCACCCUCAUCGCCAGCGCCGGGCUGCUGUCAGCCUUCGCUGGAUUUGCUGAGCCGACGAGCACCACAAAAGACGAAGCGCCACCGCCCCCUGAGAAUAAUGACAGUCGAGACCCCAAGCUACCUCGCUUCAGGUUAUCUGAGGUCAAGGAACAUGGGCCCGACUCGGAGAGGCCGUGGGUCACCCACGAGGACAAGGUCUACGACAUUACAGACUGGAUCGGAGCACAUCCUGGAGGCGACGUCAUCCUGCGCGCCGCCGGAGGUAGCAUUGACCCCUACUGGAACAUCUUCACCGUCCACAAGGCCCCCUACGUUCGCGAGAUUCUUGCUCAGUACAUGAUCGGACUCAUCGACGUCGCCGAUCUUGUGGAUGGGCAGCCCCCGGCAGAGCUUAUCGAGGACCCUUUCCGAGACGAUCCCACCCGCGACCAGAGGCUGGUCAUCAUGACCUCGAAGCCGCGCAACGCUGAGACACCGCUGGACGAGCUGGCCGAGACAUUUGUCACACCGCAGGAGCUGUUUUACGUGCGUAAUCACAUGUGGGUGCCCAAGAUCGAAGACCCAAAGCAACACACUCUCACCAUUGAGCUCCUCGAUGGCACAACCAAGGACUACACCGUCGAAGACCUCAAGACCAAAUUCAAGCCCGUCAAGAUCGCCGCGACUCUCCAGUGCUCUGGCAACCGUCGCAAGGACAUGACAACCCAUGCUCGCGACACAAAUGGCAUCCAGUGGAACGUCGGCGCCAUCUCUAACGCCGUCUGGGAAGGCGUCAAGCUUUCCGACGUGCUGGCCGACGCAGGGUUCCCCCUCGCCGAAGCGCGCGCAGGUGACACGGACGCUCGCCACGUGCAGUUUGCCGGUCUCGAAUCAUACGGCGCCUCCAUCCCCAUCGAUCCUGUUCUUGACCCCCGCGGCGACGUGAUCGUCGCCUACGCUAUGAACGGUGCACCACUGCCUCCUGAUCACGGUUUCCCCCUUCGCGCCCUCGUCCCCGGUUACGUUGCGGCGCGUUCCGUAAAGUGGCUUCGCCGUGUGAUUGUCUCUGAAGACGAAAGCCAGAGCCAGUGGCAACAAAAGGACUACAAGCUCUUCGGACCCAACCAGACCCAUCCCGACUGGACCACGGCACCCGCCAUUCAGGAGAUGCCGAUCACGAGCGCCAUCACCGCCGUCAAGCUCGGCCCCUGGACCACUGUGCCCCCCAUGAAGGCUCCUGGCGGCCGCCUCCUGACCCCGCCACCCGAGGCCCGCGGCCGCGAAGCAGCCGUCACGGGCUACGCCUACUCGGGCGGUGGACGCCGCAUCGUCCGCGUCGACGUCAGCCUCGACAACGGCCGCACCUGGGACCAGGCCAGACUCCUCGCCGACACGGUCAAGCCCGGUCCCGACCGGGCGUCCCAGGACCACGGCCACAAGUCCUGGGCCUGGCAGCGGUGGCGCUAUGAUGGCGUCGUGCCCUUUGGUGACGGCCCCGAGGGCGGCAAGGUGUGCUCAACGCUUCUCGUCAAGGCGACGGACGAGGCGUACAACGCCCAGCCCGACGGCUACGAGGCCAUCUGGAACUUUAGGGGCAACCUCACAAAUGCUUGGCAUCGGUACCGCGUCUGCUCCGAGUGUCAGGCCGAGAAGGCCGUCAACGAAGACAACAGGUGA